AUGUCGAUUUUGCUUCUCAAUAUGAUGAUGACAGAAGACGAGUGAGCUGUUAAAACAAAAUGACGAUUUUACUGCAUAAACAAAUAUGCCAAGCGACUUGUGUUCUGGCGGUGUUUGCUUCUAUUGGAGCAACCGCUGCGGUUGUCGCCGGAUUUAUUAAUUUGGGUACUUUUCAUGGAACUUCGUUAAAGGACUCGGUUGCAAUAUGGUGUGGUUUACUGAUGUUUGUACAUGUUUUUAUGGGAUUGAUGAUGAUGGGGACAAGACAUAUGUACACGGCUGCAAUUUACAUCUUGGUGAAUAUAGUUUGUCUUGGUCUCAACGUUUACGGCAUUUUCAUCAGUUAUGACUACUAUGAUGAUUUCAAAGCGUUCAGAGAGUACCACGAAAAAAAGAACGGAGGAGUGUGUUCUCUACCAACUUUAACGUCACAAUGUGUUUGCACGGUCAAUGGUCAGCCUAAGUCCUUCAAAGAUGGUUAUUCUGUAUCAAACUGCUUGUUGUUCUCAUUUGGUGAGGAUUUAUGGCUUUCCAUUCUCAUAUUUUUGUGUUUCUCAACACUCAUGGUCAUUAUGGGCCUCAUCCUGGGUUGCAUCUCGAUCUGCUGGGAAGUGAUGAGCGCUCCAGAGAAAAAAGACGCUAGACGAAAAUCGAUGAGAGUGAUGUGAACAACACACAAAAAUGCACUGGUGUAAACGCAGCACAAAUAGUAUUUAACUUACACAAUCACUAUUUGUUUAAUAUUAAUCUUUCUUUGUAAACCAUUUUUUACUUGAAUUCUCUUUUCAAUAAACAAUAUUUUACUUAAA